GAACCACGAUCAGUCUUUCGUAGGAUUGCCAUCACGAUGGAUCAUUGGGCAGGAAAAGUCGCUUUGGUCACUGGCGCGAGCGUCGGAAUAGGCGCGCAGAUCACGAAAGCGCUCGCCAAGAGUGGAAUGAAAGUGAUCGCCAUCGCGAGAAGGCUGGAAAAGUUGGAAGAAUUGGCGACGAAUAUUAAUCGUGAAUGUAAUGGCAAAGUUUAUCCGAUGAAAUGCGAUGUCCGACAGGAAGAGGAAAUUCUUCAAGUGUUCCAGCGGGCGGAGAAAGAAUUAGGCGGCGUUGAUGUGUUGAUUAACAACGCUGGUGUGGCCUCACCUGAGACGAUUAUAGAGGGGUCAACGGAGACUUAUCGCAAAAUUUUGGACGUGAAUGUGCUUGCAUUGGCGAUAUGUUCGCGUCAGUUGGUGCAAUCUGUCAAAAAACGCAAGGCUUCGGGUCAUAUCAUUAAUAUUAACAGUGUAGCAGGGCACUAUGCAGAAAGUAUUAAUAUGCCAAUAAGUGUCUAUUGCGCCAGUAAAUAUGCUGUCACUGGAAUGACAGCGAGUUUGCGCAACGAAAUAGUAAACGCAAAGCUUGAUAUCAAAGUCACGAGCAUCAGUCCUGGUAUGGUAAAGACAGAUAUGGUAACGGAUAUCUUAUCUAACAUGGACAAAGAGGCCCGCAAAUCUUUCGCUGACCUUCCGGUACUACAUGACGUCGAUAUUGCUGAUGCAGUGAUUUAUUGUUUAAGUAUGCCGCUACGUGUGCAGAUAUGUGAAGUAAUAAUAAUGCCACACGAAGCUUUAGCUACAAAGAAUCCUAGACCAUACGCGAGGAGCUAAUGCGUAUACUGCGUUUCAAACUAGCUUUCUCCUGAAGCUUUUAACAGUCACGCUUUUCUGUAAAACGGAUGGAACUAAAAAAAGAAGAUUCAAGCUUUAUUUAAAUUUCUGUAAAUCAAAAAAGGAGACAAUAGAAAAGAAAUAAUGAUAUUUUUGUAUUUAUAUAUGUAAAUUUUUCACAAUCACGAUACUAACUCUUAUAUUGUUAUAUAAAAUUAGUAAAAAUGCAAGCUAGUAUUUUGUCAUUAUUUUAAUUCGGUUAAAACAAAUGUAUUUUUCGGUAACUGCUUAUUUCCUGCCAAAAUGUAAUUACUGUUGGAGAGAUUGCCUUUGAAAAAUAUGAAAUACACAAAAUAAUAAAACAAACUCGCAACAAAU